UCAGUACAUGGAUAUAGUAAUUUUAAAUAAAUAUACGCACAUAUGUAUCUAUUGAUGUCCUCGAGAUUUGUGCAUCUAAUCUUAAGCAGAUGACUUAAUUAUUAUUUUUUACAAACUCCUCAAAUUUUUUUUGUGGGUCAAUUUAAAAUAAUUAGAUUUCUUCCUGCAUUUACUAUAAAUAAAUGCAGAUGUACGUUGUAUUUUUGAUCCUGGUGUUUGGAACACGGGCAAGUUUGGGAGGACAAGAUGGAAGUGAUGGUGGACUGGACGAGCUCCUGCAAGGCCUUGACCUCGCCUCCUUUACUUCUGGCAUGGGAAACGGUUCCGAUUUCAAGAUCGAUGCCCAACUCGGCGAGAAAGUGAGAGCCCUUAUCCGACAUUUUAAACAAGAUGAUCCCAUCGGGGUGCCGGAGGGGAUGGGCCUCGACGCCUUAAUCGUGGAACCACUCCGUGUCCCCAAUCAGGAACAAACUUUCAGCGGAAUGAAGAUGAAAUUCGAAAACAUUUCGCUCUACGGGUUAAACAAAUUUCGUCUGAAUCAGGUCAAGGUCACCCUUUCGGAGUUGAAGGUUGGCCUUAUCGUCUCGAUCGACCAACUCUUUGUUAACGGGUUGUUCCAAACAUCCUCCUGGUUUUACCGAGCCAACGGUAACUUUUCCGUGACUGUGAGCAAUGUCACUACCGAAUCUGAAGUAUCAUUCGGGGUCGAUUCCGAUGGUACCCUGCAAGUCGAAGAGGUCAACAUGGACGUGAAAUUCGGUGAUCUUAAUAUGCAAUUGGGCGGUGAUAAGAUGGGCUUCCUCGGCCCUGUCGUGCAGGGCAUGGUCAACACAAUGGGACCCUUCCUCUUCGACUCGAUCAAACCUCUCAUCUUGGGCGACGUGGAGAGGAAAAUUCGUGGCGAACUGAACCGACAAGGACGCUCUGUCCCGCAACAAUUCCCCAAUUCCAUCCACCCCAUCGAUAUGUUCUUAUCUUCGGCGCGUAUCUACGUCCGAGAAAAAGGCCUCGACCCUUUUCCCAUUCCGGAUAAUCACCUAGCCUCCUGGCGCUACGGGAACUUUGAAAUUUCCUCCGUGAUUUUGCACGGCCUCGCCUCCCUCCAUCGGACCGGACCGGUCGUCGUAACUUUUGAGGAGAACGUUAUCCGGGUAUCUGUGGCCAUGGGGGCGAGCGAUUUGCGGGGCGUGGUGCGCUGGAGGUGGGGCAUUUUCAGAGACCUUAUCGGAAAACGGGGUACUUUUCAGAUAAGCGUGGAGUACGUGAGUGUCGUUGUGAAUGUGGGACAGCCUGCUAAUCUGGAUAAGGAAACGACCAUUGAUGGGAUUGAGUUGGAAGUGGGAAAUAUUGCCGUGGCGUCGGAUGGGAUUGGGACGAUGGACUAUGUCAUCGAAGCGUUGGUCAAUAUUAUUCCGAAUUUGUUGCGGAAGCAGAUCGUGGAUGCGUUGGAAGAACCGAUGAGGAAAUUUGUGGAGGAUGAAGUAAAGAAAGUUAUUCAGUUGGAGGAUAUGAUUGAGGAGAGGUUGCCUCCAAAGGGGGAUUAAUUUUAAGGCCAGAUUUUUACGCAGGAAAAUACUUAGAAAUGUUAAAAAAAAUAUACCAUAUUUUUGAGUUUACAGUUAAUUUUAUUAAGUUCAUUUGUCUGACUGUGCGUAAACUAUUGUGAACGCAAAGAUUACAUCCUGGACGGGGUUACAUACUUAUAUGCAUUAUAGCGUGUCAUUUGUUUUAUUUAUGUACUAAGCACUGUUGACUGUGUAUAUUAAUAAAUUAAUAAUUAAGGAUUAAGUCAUUCAUUAACAGCAGAAUCAAGAUAAUAAACUUAAUUUUAAAAAUA